AUGCUGGAACCACGCAUGGCAGAAGAUUUGAAAAUUGGCUUCAUUCAAUCUGAGAUUCCAAUGGUGAGGGAGAACCGAACACCAGAAUUUAAUAUCUUUCCUCCCAAUACUAUGCUCAUUCAUGCACCAGGCGGAGCACUGGAUCUCUCCCUCUAUAACUGCCAACAAGUGAAUCCGAGUUCUAGUCAAAAGGCUAUAUUGGGUGAUUUGGAUGAGGGAACAAGUGGGCAAUCGCAAAAGGUGCAGGUCCCUGUGGUUAGUACCGGUGGCGGUGUCUGUGCCAGAGGGACAAAAGUGAAAAGAUUCAAGGGACCGAGGCGGAGCAGUGCGUUGGAGCGAUUUAUUGCUCUGCUGGAAGAUAAGAGGAUCAUGGAGGACAGUGCGGAUGCUCAUCAAUUAGAGGACAUAAAAAUGCCGCGGCUUAGAAACGUCCUUAACAUCAUAUUUAUCACCGCAGGAGUGUGUUUCUUACUUGCCGUUGUUAUCGUCAUUCUCUAUACCACCUUUGCAAGCGCUUCAAAACCACGAGGCUCUGUUUGA